AUGGUAUUAGCCCAACAAUGUAACUCCAAUGGACUUAAAAAGUACGAUGCCAACGUGGCCAGAUUAAUGACUAUUGGUAAUUCUGGUAGAAAGUUCCCUGAACGACCAGGGUCGGAAUUGAAAAAAUUUUGCGAUGAAACGGAAAAAUUGCUGAAAGAUCUAGAUAAAUACCGUAAUCAAUGUCUGGACGCUGCGGAUAAACAGGUGGGCGGUGUACUAGCAAAUAUGAACAAGAAUAUGAGCUUCUCACUGUUCGAUGUAUAUCCCUGUAUAACGGAUAAAGUACAGGGUGUCCCACAAUGUUCGCCCGAUGCGCUGGAGUCUACCCUAUCAUUUAUCCGGUCAACUACUGGCAACACUGUUGAUGCGUUUUGUAGCGAUUAUACCGAUGGUUUGGAUAAAUGCGCUAAACUAGAUAGACCACCAAAAAAACUAAAAUCUCAACGCCGAUCUAGAUCGUUUGCCAUUCCGUUUAUCGCUGCCGUUAGAAGUUUACCGGAAGCUUAA